GAAAGUCAUCUAUCAACAAUCAUGGCGGAUGAUCAUUGUGCUUUGUGGCCCUAGAGAAACAAAUAUCGUUUUGUCAGUAUUUCCUAGUAUCUGUCGUCAGCAUGACUGUAUUAGUAAUAUGUCCAUGAACCAUUUGUUGAUGCAAUUUGCUCGUCGGAUGCGCGUAAAGAUGCCGUAUAUGAGUUGGGGACAAUGAAAUGUUGUUGAUGUUUUGAUCGGGUGCAACAGCGAUUCUGAUCACUGAAGAAGUGUCAAGGAAUUUGGCCACAGCUCGUUCAGGCUUGUGUUUGUCACUUCGGGAUUGCGAAAACCAGCGAGAUGUCUUCUAUAAAGCCCACCAACAAAAAGGAACACCAAAAGAUGCGGAUCCGGGCGUUUCCCAUGACAAUGGAUGAGCGAUAUGUGGAGAACAUCUGGCAGUUGCUCAAAAAUGCCAUUCAGGAAAUUCAGAAGAAGAAUAACAGCGGCCUUAGCUUUGAAGAACUUUACCGAAAUGCAUAUACUAUGGUGUUACAUAAGCAUGGGGAGAGACUUUACACUGGCUUGCGGGAUGUUGUCACCCAGCAUUUGGAGAAUAAGGUUCGAGCAGAUGUUUUAGCUUCCCUACAAAAUAACUUCCUUCUGACCUUGAAUUAUGCAUGGAAUGACCAUCAGACAUCAAUGGUCAUGAUCAGAGACAUUCUUAUGUAUAUGGACCGCGUUUAUGUACAACAGAACAACGUUGAUAAUGUCUACAACUUAGGGCUAAUAAUUUUUAGAGAUCAAGUAGUAAGAUAUGGUUGUAUACGAGACCAUUUAAGAGAAACACUACUAGACAUGGUGAUGAGAGAACGGAGAGGUGAAGUAGUAGACAGGUUAGCUAUAAAAAAUGCUGCCCAAAUGUUAAUAGUCUUAGGUAUCGAGUCACGUGCUGUCUAUGAAGAAGAUUUUGAGAGGCCUUUCCUUGCUCAAUCAGCAGAAUUUUAUCGGAUGGAAAGUCAGAAGUUUUUGGCUGAGAACAGUGCUUCUGUGUAUAUCAAGAGAGUAGAAGCUAGGAUCAUGGAGGAAGCAGAAAGAGCAAAGCAUUAUUUAGAUGAAUCUACAGAAAGACGAAUUGUAGAGGUUGUAGAGGAGGAACUAAUCAAGAAACAUAUGAAAACAAUAGUUGAGAUGGAGAACUCUGGAGUAGUUCAUAUGCUCAAGAAUAAUAAAACUGAAGACCUUGCAUGUAUGUAUAAAUUGAUGUCACGUGUCUCUGAUGGUCUCAGAGCAGUUGCGGAAUGUGUGUCGCAACAUUUGAGAGAACAGGGUAAAGCACUGGUUGCUGAGGAAGAAGGCGGCAAGAAUGCUAUAACUUUCGUUCAAAAUCUCUUGGACUUGAAAGAUCGGUUUGAUCACUUCCUGCAUAACUCCUUUAAUAAUGAUAAAAUAUUCAAGCAAAUGAUAGCAGCAGACUUUGAAUAUUUCAUCAAUUUGAACAGCAAGUCACCGGAAUAUUUAUCCUUGUUUAUUGAUGAUAAACUAAAGAAAGGCGUCAAAGGGAUGACAGAAGCUGAAAUUGAAGCAGUGCUUGACAAAACGAUGGUGCUUUUCCGUUUCCUUCAAGAAAAGGAUGUAUUUGAACGUUAUUAUAAACAACACUUGGCAAAACGCCUCCUGCUGCAGAAAUCUGUGUCUGAAGAUUCAGAAAAGACUAUGAUAAGCAAGUUGAAAACAGAGUGUGGUUGCCAAUUUACUUCAAAGUUGGAAGGAAUGUUUAAGGAUGUUACCAUAUCGAAUACUAUAAAUGAAGAGUUCAAGAAUAGAGUAAAUAGUGCAGGGACAAAUUUAUUCGGUGUUGAUAUAUAUGUAAGAGUUUUAACAACGGGCUACUGGCCAACGCAGUCUGCUAACCUUAAAGCCAACAUUCCUAUGGCUCCAAGAAGUGCCUUUGAGGCCUUCCGUAGAUUCUACCUCAACAAGCAUAGUGGCAGGCAACUUACUUUACAUCCUCAAUUAGGGUCAGCAGAUUUGAAUGCUGUGUUUUAUGGUUCAAGAAAAGAAGAAAGUGCAAGUGCAGCUUCUAGUGUAGGUGUUCCACCAUUAUCGUCAGUUGCGUCUGUUCCCACUGGAGAUUCUGUCAGUAGUGUAGCAGGGAUAUCCUCUUCGUCCUCAACAGUGCCAGGUACUACCAACAAUAAUGGUAUGAUACCAUCACCAAGUAUAUCUGGUGCUGCAACUCCUACUAAUGGGGUUCCUGCUUCAUCUGCAGCUGCUGUAAUGACCCCAGGUAAACCAUCUGGACCAAGAAAACACAUUAUACAAGUUUCAACUUACCAAAUGGUCAUACUGAUGUUAUUCAAUACUAGAGAAAAAUUAACAUACGAGGAAAUACAGAGUGAAACUGACAUUCCUGAUAGAGAUCUUGUGAGGGCUUUGCAAUCAUUAGCUCUUGGUAAGCCAGCCCAACGAGUUCUCGUCAAAUCUCCAAAAACUAAAGAAAUGGAAGCAUCGCAUGAGUUCACAGUUAAUGACUCCUUUACAUCUAAACUUUAUAGGGUAAAAAUACAAGCUGUAGCUGCCAAAGGUGAAAGUGAGCCAGAGAGGAAAGAAACUCGAAGUAAAGUUGAUGAGGAUCGUAAGCAUGAAAUUGAAGCAGCAAUUGUCAGAAUUAUGAAGGCUCGUCGACGAAUGACUCAUAACAAUUUGGUUGCUGAGGUUACCGAUCAGCUCAAGUCCCGCUUCUUACCGUCCCCAAUACUUAUCAAGAAACGAAUUGAAAGCCUCAUAGAGCGGGAAUACUUGGCCCGUACACCAGAAGAUAGGAAAAUCUACUCUUAUGUGGCGUGAGGAGUAGGUUGUAUAAUGUGGAGCAUAGCCAAGGCUGUGAAAUUUUCCUUUUUUGGAAUAUACGGCUGUGCAAGCACAGAUAGUUAGGGAUGCAGCAAACUCAGCGGCUCCAAGAACAGUCAGUUCAGUAGUGAUCCAGUUUUCCUCCCUUCUGUGCACUCUGCACCUCCUCAGAUUAUAUCACUCUUCAGCAUAAUGUGACAAGGGUGAACAUGUGAUCUUGGCUUGGACUCACAGUGUGAGCACACACAUAUGUGUAUAGGCAACUAUUAAAUAGGUCUUGUUCAUCAGACACAAUAUUGAACAGGUUACCAUUAGCUCUAUUCACAUCCAUCUGCAAUAGGUGACAAAAACUUAGUGGUGUCGAUAGUGAUUUUUACCCGUGAAGACAGUGACAUUCACAGUAAAGGAAAGUGCUGGGAACUGAAAGAAGUGAAAGACCCUCAUCUUUUUUAUUUGUAUAAUUAGAAAAUUUUGAUGUUUUGAAGCAGCUCUGUCCAUGUGAAACUUCCCACUCACAAGAUGAUACUAGCAAAAAUAUACUAAUAAAAGUGGAGUAAUGCAAAAUAAAAAAAACAAAAAAAGUGUACUGUAGAGUGAUGAACUGCUUUCUUGCUUGGUCCCGACUCAUGCAAAAGUGAGUGUUGUGGUUGGCACUCAGCUAAUAACAAUUAUAGACUUGUACCGAUAUUUGACAUUUUAAAAUCAUCUUUAUUCUCAUCUUUGUCGAAAUAUUUCCUUGGGUGGAAGUUACUUCUCUACUCUUUGAGUGAUUCUCUCAGUCAUUCCCACACCUUAUAGUCUUAGCUUAUCCAUGUCCAUGGUUAUCUAAAGGUUCAAGCGAUGUGGGAGCAUCUGAGGAUUCCGUGUCACAAUUCUGUUUUCUCUGGCUGUAAGCCCCUUGUUUUCUCUACAUUUUUUCCUUCUGUGCAGGCAGAGACUGUAUUUAGUGAAGAUGACUAGGAACUUUGAAGCAUUUUUCUCUUAGAUGGUUGGCAGGUAAAUUUGUGGAAGGUUGAGGAUCUUCCUCUUUAUUUCCAUUGGGAACGAGAUGUUUUAUUGUAUUGUUUUCAGAAUGGAAGGAUGUGUGUGUAAGUUGGUGUGUGGUUGAAAAGUACUUUAAAAUUAGAUGUGUUAAUAUUGUAUGAGCAUUGGGAGUUUAUGAAAGGUGGAAUUUUAUAGUAAAUUUUUAGUACAGUAUUUUUGUUUGGUAUUGAUAACCCAGUCCUAAAGAAUUUGCACUAGUAUGAAAGUGGCUAUAGUACAGUAAAGGAUAAUGUAGAGCAAAUAUUGCUUCCUUCUAUAUUUAAAUGCUUUAUUUUCACCUUGUCAUUUGUGUUCAAGCUUAGUAUGAUAUUGGAGAUGACAGAGAUUUUAUGAAAAGUUUUAAGUGGAUGAUCAUCUCCAUUGCUAAGACAUUCAGGUUAAUGAAUUGGGCAAAGUUGGUUUUGAUCAAUGUUAUUUGUAUAUAGUGUAUACAUAUAUUGUUAUGGGUUAUCUUCUGUAGUUGUAUCAAUCCCUGAUAUAUAAAACCAGUUCGUUCAUGUAGUGAACAUGAAACACACAUCAAACCUUGUUGAAGAGAAGUACAUCCUUCAUAUAAGUAGGUCACGGGACUUUGCAAAGUCUCACUCUUAAUUCGUAUGAGGUGGGUUAUUUGUGCUCAUCAGUUUUUUUUUUAUUUUUAUUUUUUUAUUUUUAUAGGCAAUAUUGCUAACAGAAUCAUAUUCAAAAAUUACCUUGUGUACUCCAUGAAAUUUUGUUGAGGCUCUGAACAGCAUUUUAUAGUAGCUUAACAUUUUGCAGGAUCCUUAGAGAAAAUUUCAUAUUUGCAUAUAAUGGUAAUGUCAUUUCUAAAUUGAGUGCCUAAAUAGGGAUACAGUACUAAGAGUUGAGAACUCUCCAUCAGUGUGGUAUUUAAUUUCAGCCUCAUUGAUGAAUUAAGUUUGAGACUAGGGUAUAUUGAUAAUGAAAGGUCAUUUUUACUGUUACUGUCAUCAUCAUUAGUUUUUUAUUUUAUGGGAUGGUAUUUAGUCUGUUUGCCUGCUUUUAAAUUAUGUUCUGUCUCUCGUGGUAGAGAUAAUUUCUUUGUUGAUUCAACUACUAUCUUCUUCUUCUGUUCUGGUGUCCCUGUUCUGGUGCCCCGUUGUCACCUAUUUUGUAUGCUCUGUCAUUGGACAUUGAGGAUUACAAGAGUUAUGUAAUUUAUUAUUCCAUUAAAUGAAUGUCAAAAAGAGACAA